GCCGUGCCCCAGGACCUGCCCGAGGGGACCCAGACCCUGCUCCUGCAAAGCAACAACAUCGCCAGGCUGGAGCAGAGCGAGCUGGACUAUCUCCACAACCUCUCGGAGCUGGACCUGUCGCAGAACAGCUUCACUGCCGUGUGGGACUUCGGCCUCAGGAGCAUGCCCCAGCUGCUCAGCCUGCACCUGGAGGAGAACCAGCUUUCCGAGCUGCCCGACAGCAGCUUCCCGGGGCUGGGCAACCUGCAGGAGCUCUACCUGAACCACAACCAGCUCCGCAGCAUCGCGCCCCGCGCCUUCGCCGCUCAAAAAAAAGGGCUCAGCAGCCUCUUGCGCCUCCACCUCAACUCCAACCUGCUGCGGGCGGUCGACAGCCGCUGGUUCCAGAUGCUGCCCAGCCUGGAGAUCCUCAUGAUCGGAGGCAACAAGGUGGACGUGAUCCUGGACAUGAACUUCAGGCCCUUGGCCAACCUGCGGAGCUUGGUUUUGGCUGGGAUGAACCUGAGGGAGAUCUCGGACUACGCGCUGGAAGGGCUGCGGAGCCUCGAGAGCCUCUCCUUCUAUGACAACAAGCUGGUGAACGUCCCCAAGCGGGCGCUGCAGCAAGUUCCCGGCCUCAAGUUCCUGGAUCUGAACAAAAACCCGUUGCAGAGGGUCAAGCAAAGCGACUUCACGAACAUGCUGCACCUCAAGGAGCUGGGGCUCAACAACAUGGAGGAGCUGGUGUCCAUAGACCAGUUUGCCUUGAUCAACCUCCCUGAGCUGACCAAGCUAGAUGUGACCAACAACCCCAAGCUGUCCUUUAUCCACCCCAAUGCAUUCCACCACCUUCCCCAACUGGAAACCCUCAUGCUCAACAACAACGCCCUAAGUGCCUUGCAUAAGCAGACGGUGGAGUCCCUGCCCAACCUGCAGGAGAUCAGCAUCCACAGCAACCCCAUCCGCUGCGACUGCGUCAUCCGCUGGGUCAACAGCACGGAAAACCACAUCCGCUUCAUCGAGCCGCAGUCCACGCUGUGCGCCGAGCCCCUCAUCCGGGAUGGCCCCUUCCGGGAGAUGACGGACCAGUGCCUGCCCCUCAUCUCCACCAGGAGCUUCCCGUCCAGCUUAGAGGUGGCGGAUGGCGACAACGUCUCCCUGCACUGCCGGGCUCUGGCGGAGCCGGACCCGGAGAUCUACUGGGUCACCCCUUCGGGGGUGAAGCUGAUCCCCUACACAGAAGAUGGGCGGUACAGGGUGCAUCCCGAAGGGACGCUGGAGGUCCGUGGGAUCUCCGCUCGUGAGGCUGGGCUGUACACCUGCGUGGCCCACAACCUUGUUGGGGCAGACAUCAAGAGCAUCAGCAUCACGGUCAACCACUCCUUCCCGCUGAGCGAGGACAGCCUGGAGCUGGUGGUGGCGGAUGUCCAGGCCUACCAC